CCAAGCAUGGCCUCAUCCGCGUGGAAGGCGUCCGUCUCGUCGGUGGACCGCUAUGACACCAUCUCCAAGAUCAUGGAAGCCCUUCCCUCGCGGGACAUGAGUGAAGCCAUCGCCAUCGAACAAGCCGCAUACGACAACUCUUCCUCUCUGGAAGAAUACACCGCCGCCUGCCAGCCCUCCAAGCACCAAAACCCACCACCCUCAUCCUCCCCCUUAUCCGCAGCCUCACCCCAACCCCCAUCCCCAACGCCGUCCAACUCUGGCAUCCGCAUCGGCUCAUACACCAACUGCACGCCCAUCUCAGACGGCGUCACGUCCGAGGUCUUCCGCUCCGGCGCCACCGCCCUCAAGGUCAUCGUCCACAGCACCCUCGAGCCGCACAACCCCCUCCGCGAGGUCAAGAUCCUGCAGAUGCUCCAUCCGCCGUGCAUCCCCUUGCUCGACUCCUUCCGCGACCAUGAGCAGCGCCUCGUCCUCGCAUUUCCGUACAUGCCGCUGACCCUCGACGACGUGCUCUACCGCAGCAACACCUCCUCCCUCUCCUCCUCCUCCUCAUCUGCGUUGGACCCCUUCCUCAUCCGCUCCCUCUUCCGCGACAUCCUCGAGGCUCUGCGCGAGAUCCACGGCCAGGGCAUCGUCCACCGUGACAUCAAGCCCUCGGCCAUCCUCCUCGCGUCACCCUCCGGCCCGGCCUACCUCUCCGACUUCGGCACCGCCUGGCACCCGACCCUCUCCGCAACCACCGAGCCCCCGGACAACAAGAUCCUCGACAUCGGCACCGGCCCGUACCGCGCGCCCGAGGUCCUCUUCGGCAACAAGGCCUACGGCCCGCCCGUCGACAUGUGGGCUCUCGGCACCGUCCUGGCCGAGUGCAUCCGCAGCCCUCCCGCGCCGCUCUUCGACUCGCGCCCCGCCCACGAGGACGGCAACCAGCUCGGGCUCAUCCUCAGCAUCUUCAAGACCUUGGGCACGCCCACGCCCGAGACGUGGCCCGAGGCCAAGAGCUUCAAGGUCACCCCCUUUGAGCUGUGGACUGUGUUUCCGCAGAGGAGCUGGGAGGAGAUUCUGCCGGGUGUGGAUGAGGGCUUCAGGGAGGCUGUGGGGAGAUUGGUGAGAUAUGAUGGCAGCAGGGCUACGGCCGAAGAGGCUCUAACAUACAAGUGCUUUACAAAAAAUGAUAUCACAGAAUCAUGA